AUGGCCUCCGAAAACCCCGCAGACCAGCGGCCCCCGCCCGCCGGCGAGAUCGCCACGCCGGCACGCUCCGACUCGGACCCUGACGAGAAGCGCAUCGCAGAGGUCACCGACGUCCCUUCCGGGGGUGUUGUCGAGAUCAGGGACUUUCCCUGGGCUUGGAAGGCGACUGCUCUCGUGUGCGGCGUUGCGCUCUCGUGGGGUUCUUCGUUUUCGGAGAACACGCUCGGUCCUCUCAAGAGCACGUUGAUCAAGCAGCUGGACAUCAACAACUCCCAGUACGGCGCGAUCUCAUCUGCGACGUCGCUUGUGAACACAAUCCUCCCCAUCCUCGGCGGGUAUGGACUCGAUCAUUAUGGCGUUGAGUGGGGCUCCAUGGCCUGCUCAAUCGCCAUCUUCAUCGGCGCAGUGAUCUCAGCCGCCGGCUCGAACCAGGACUCCUUCACUCUCGUGGUCACCGGCCGAGUGAUCAUGGGAUUCGGAAGUACCGUCAUCGAGACUUGUACAUCCAAGAUCCUCGCACAUUGGUUCCAGCACAAGGGCCUCGGCUUCGUAUACGGCUUAGACCUCGCAAUCGGCAAGCUCAUCGUCCUCAUCGCAAAGGCAACCGCCGUCCCGAUGCGAGACGCCUCCUCCUUCUGGGGCUGGGCCCUCUGGAUCCCCGCCAUUGUCUGCUUCGCCAACCUCCUCCAGAACAUCUUCUACGUCUGGUGGGCCAGGUCCCGUCCCGAAUGGACGCACAUGCCGACGGGCCAGAAACUCGCCCUCGAGGUCCGCGCCCGCGAGCGCGCGCAACGCGGCAACGGCAACAACGACGCCUCCACCUUCAGGACGAGGGCCACCGCGCGCACCCUCACCGCCCUGCCCGACUGGGGCGCCCUCGUCCGCGUCCCGCGCUUCUUCUGGCUCGUCGCCUGCACCCAGAUCCUCCAGGCCGGCGUCGUCGGCGGCUUCAGCGGCCUCAACGCCGACAUCAUCACCCGGACCCGCGGCUCCACCGCCCAGCUCGCCGGCUACACCUCCGCCGUGCAGCAGGUCAUCCCCGUCGUCUGCGCGCCCCUCAUCGGCACCUUCUUCGACUACGUCGGCUACCGCAUGGUGUUCGUCAGCCUCACGUCCGCCAUCUGGAUCCUCGUCUACUGCCUCAUCGGCUUCACGCAGACCAACGCCCUGGGCGCCAUGGUCAUCGCCUCCGUGGCGUCCACCAUGAACGCGCUGCCCUUCCUGGCCUCUAUCCCCCUGAUCGUGCCGAAUCAGCUCGAGCUCGGCCUCGUGUUCGGCAUUUGGAAGGUGUUCAACAACAGCGGGAGCGUCAUCGUCGACAUGAUCGCCGGUAGGCUGCAGGACAUCACGCCCGGCGGCACCUACGAGCGGGUCAUCGCGUUCUUCGUGGCCGUCAAGGGCUUGGAGUUCUGUCUGGGUCUCUUCUACGGCGUGCUGGACCGGAGGUAUCUCGCCGGGAUCCUCAGCAUUAGUAACAAGAAGCGGAUGGAGAUCGAGCAGGAAGGCAAGCUCGGAGACCUCGUUGGUCGGCGGCCGGCGAGGCCGUAUACUGCGGUGGGAAUCGCCCUCGUCUGCUCGUUGAUUAUUAUCGCUUGGGUGCUGUUCAUCAAGUACUCCAUUUGA